ACACAAGAUCAUCAACAUGUCCAUCAUUCAUAUUGUCUUGUUCAAACUCAAGUCUUCCUUGAGUGACUCGGAAAAGAAAGAGUUCUGUGAUGAUAUGCUGGGCUUGAAAAACACUUGUAUCCAUCCAACCUCAAAUACACCAUAUAUCGUGUCUUCAUCAGGCGGCGCCGACAACAGUCCUGAAGGUGUUCAGGGAGGCCUGACACAUGGCUUUGUAGUCGAGUUCGCAUCAAGUGAAGAUCGAGAUUACUAUGUUUCCAAAGAUCCUGCCCACCAAGCAUUUAUCAAGAAAAACGGUCCAAGAUUUGACGAUGUUAGAGUGAUCGAUUACGAGAAAGACGUGUACUGA